AUCUAUCCCAAUCUCCAAAAGUCAAACAUCACAAUAACAAAAAAAAAUGAUCCAUUACUUCCUCUCAGCAGCCACCAUCCUCCUAUUCUUAUCCCUUUCUCCACCCACCACCACCGCUGCCAACCCCGCCGUCCUCGACAUCAAUGGCCACCCUCUUCGCCCGCGAUCCAACUACUACAUCCUCCCAGUAGUCCGCGGCCGAGGCGGUGGGCUAACAAUGUUAUCAAAGAACACCACUGAAGUAUGUCCACUCUACGUAGCACAAGAAAACCAUGAAGUCUCAAAUGGCCUACCUCUUAAGUUCUACUCGGUCAACCCUAAAGACACAAAGAUAUUUGUCUCAACUGACCUCAACUUCGUCUUCGAUGCCUCCACCAUCUGCGUUCAAUCCAACACUUGGGAGUUAACCAUCGAUGAAGAGACCGGAAGGCGGUACAUUGGUGUCGGAGGAGAAAUCGGUAAUCCUGGAGUGCAAACGGUUAGUAACUGGUUUAAGAUAGAGAAGGCGGGAAGUGGGAAGUAUGAUUAUAAGAUUGUGUAUUGUGCUGGUGUUUGUAACUUUUGUAAGAUUAUGUGUGGAGAUAUUGGUGCUUUUGUUGAGGAAGAUGGGAGGAGGUUGUUGGGUUUUAGUGGUCAGCCUCUUUUGGUUAGGUUCAAGAAAGCUUAAAACAAUUGUUGGAGUAUUAUUGCAAGAUUAAUUAAUAACUAUGGUCUGGCUAAUUAAAGUUAAUUAGUCAAUGGUUUGGAGUGUAAUCAUGAGUUACUUUUAUUACAUAAUAAAUACAGAGUAUGAUGUUUGAAUAUAAA